AUGGGGGUCACCGGCAGCUCGGAGAGCUCUCUGGGCCAGAGGCAGGUCCACUGGCUCCUCUCAGAGCCCUCACGCCUCGAGCAGGCCUUUGGCAAGCUUUGGCAGAAUUGCGCGCCCAGCGGCUCGCUGGUGGAGAAGCAGCUGGUUUUGGAGGAGAUCUUCAAACUCGUUGGCUCGGAGGUUCUGACGCUAGACCCGGAAGGGAAGGAUCCAGAGCUGAAGCAGACGCGCGCGGCGAGGCAGCUGAAGCGAGCGGUGGACAUCUUGCCAGACCCCAUGACUCAGAAGGAGGCUCUGAACCUUUUCCGCAACAUUCUACUGACUGUGCAGUCUGCCAUGAUGAUCAGCAACGAGCACGUUGCACCGGUCACUUUGGCGGACUCCCCACAUGCAGCUUCUUUGCCAGGCAGCCAGGGCCCAGAGGGAGACGACGUGCAGGCAACUUGA